AUGGCUCCGUUAAUUAGAUCGGACGAGGUGGUGGUGAUGUGUGGUAGUGUUGGUUGUUCUAAUAGUGGUGGUUUUGGUGAUGUGGGUGGUGGUGGUUGGAUCUGCCAGGCACCGUGCCUGGACAUGAUUUGGCCAAGCAUCGCCAGUUUGCCUUAUAAGCUACCAGGCACCGUGUCACGGACCGCAUGCCAUCGAGCCAAACACCAUUUUGUUCGCGGCUCCCAGAUCCUCUCCCAGGCCAGAUCCUCCAAAGACCAUUCUAGGUCUUCCUCCCUAGCCAAAGAAGCUAAAUUCGAAGUUGAGAAAGCCAUACAUCUCGAUCCAAAAGACGUUGCGACUCACAUUCUCAAGGCUCAGGCUCUGGAGCUCCAAAGGUUCAAAACUUUGGCUAUCGACUCACUCAAUGUCGGGCUCUCUCCACUAGCUGUCAAGUCUCUGAGUGAUUUGGGGAGAGGGGACGCUUUGUAUAAAAGAGCCGAGUUGAGGCUUUCCAUGAGUCGACGUGGACGGGUUGACUUGGUGGUUGAGAACUUAGUUGCAGGAAGUUGA